UCCGCCCCGCGCCGCGGCCGGCCGGGUCUGCGUGAGUUCGGUGGCGGCCGGCUGUGCGGAGACGCCAUGUACCGGCUCCUGUCAGCAGUGACUGCCCGGGCUGCCGCCCCCGGGAGCUUGGCCUCAAGCUGCGGACGACGCGGGGUCCAUCAGCGUGCCGGGCUGCCGCCGCUCGGCCACGGCUGGGUCGGGGGCCUCGGGCUGGGGCUGGGGCUGGCGCUCGGGGUGAAGCUGGCGGGUGGGCUGAGGGGCGCGGCCCCGGCGCAGUCCCCCGCGGCCCCCGACCCUGAGGCGUCGCCUCUGGCCGAGCCGCCACAGGAGCAGUCCCUCGCCCCGUGGUGUCCGCAGACCCCGGCGCCGCCCCGCUCCAGGUGCUUCGCCAGAGCCAUCGAGAGCAGCCGCGACCUGCUGCACAGGAUCAAGGAUGAGGUGGGCGCACCGGGCAUAGUGAUUGGAGUUUCUGUAGAUGGAAAAGAAGUCUGGUCAGAAGGUUUAGGUUAUGCUGAUGUUGAGAACCGUGUACCAUGUAAGCCAGAGACAGUUAUGCGAAUUGCCAGCAUCAGCAAAAGUCUCACCAUGGUUGCUCUUGCCAAAUUGUGGGAAGCAGGGAAACUGGAUCUUGAUAUUCCAGUACAACAUUAUGUUCCCGAAUUCCCGGAAAAAGAAUAUGAAGGUGAAAAGGUUUCUGUCACAACAAGAUUACUGAUAUCCCAUUUAAGUGGAAUUCGUCAUUAUGAAAAGGACAUAAAAAAGGUGAAAGAAGAGAAAGCUUAUAAAGCCUUGAAGAUGAUGAAAGAGAAUGUUGCAUUUGAGCAAGAAAAAGAAGGCAAAAGUAAUGAAAAGAAUGAUUUUACUAAAUUUAAAACAGAGCAGGAGAAUGAAGCCAAAUGCCGGAAUUCAAAACCUGGCAAGAAAAAGAAUGAUUUUGAACAAGGCGAAUUAUAUUUGAGAGAAAAGUUUGAAAAUUCAAUUGAAUCCCUAAGAUUAUUUAAAAAUGAUCCUUUGUUCUUUAAACCUGGUAGUCAGUUUUUGUAUUCAACUUUUGGCUAUACCCUACUGGCAGCCAUAGUAGAGAGAGCUUCAGGAUGUAAAUAUUUGGACUAUAUGCAGAAAAUAUUCCAUGACUUGGAUAUGCUGACAACUGUGCAGGAAGAAAACGAGCCAGUGAUUUACAAUAGAGCAAGCAUUCCUGAGGUGAGCCGUUCUGAUUGGUUCCCCACGAACCUUUAAGAGGCCAGAUUCAUCCAUCUUACUGCUCCUCUCUCCACAGUGGUGUCCCUGUCUGUACACCUGAAGCUCAGUCACAGCCCUGCAGGUGCCCCAGCCUCCUGAAAAGAGAAAGGGUAUGGAGCAUGUACUCAGGGCCUUAAGGUCCAGACUUGCAAGUGUCACACUUCAUUUCUGUCCACCUUCUGUUGGCAAAAACUUAGCUGUAUGGUCACACUUUGCGACAAGGGAGGCUGAGAAAUGUAAUUUGUAGCUGAGCAGGCAUGUGCCUUGCUUUACUUUAUUACUAAGGAAGAAGAGAAGAGUCAAUUUUGUGAACAACCAGCCAUCUAUGCCACUGGCCACUGUGUUGCUCCAUAAAACUUCUGUUUUAGAAGGGUGUGAUGUGUGUGUGAUGUGUGUGUGUGUGUGUGUGUGUGUUUUCAUUCAGUCAAAAGGAGAAAUAUAUUCCUCACUGUGGGUUGAGGUUAAAAAAAAAGUUUGAAAGCCAUUCAGUGGAAUAUGUCAAACUAAAAUUUUAUUAUAAUUUUUGCUAGUAAUUUGUGAAAGGGGCUUUGGGAGAGAAUUUUGAAGCUUAAUUACUAAUAGGAAUUUUACAGUUAUGAUAUUUUAUUUUCCAUUUUAUUAUUUGAUUUGUUAGAAAGGUAGCACAUUUAACAAAUCAACCAUUACUUUUACCUUGCAUAUUUCCAUUAGUACAUGCUUUACAAAUGGUUUAAUUGUACUUUAUAAAGAAAUAGAUGAAAUGGUGGCUUUUUUUGGAAAAUUUUUUAGCUUUAUGUUCCUAUCUACAUACUAGUUUUGUUCAGUCUUCUGUUGUAUUUAAAUUAUAAUUGUUUAAUUAUCAGCUUAUUUAAAAGGAUUAAAUAUGCAUUGCAAAUCAGUUUAUGGCCUAAAAGAGAUUUCUUGGGGACCCAAAAUAAAUUAGGUUAGCAACAAGCAAUGAAUUUUAAUUUUUUAAAUGGCUGUGGUUCUCAACUACUUCAGACUCUUUGUGUUUAUUAUUUUUGGAUCUAGCAUUAUAUUUUACUGGAAAGCACAAGAAAAAUGAUAAAUACCAUUGGGAGGCCGAGAGGGGUGGAUUGCUUGAGCCUAGGUGUUCAAGACCAGCCUGGGCAACAUGGUGAAACCCUGUCAGACAAUACAAAAAAAUUAGCUGGGCAUGGUGGCAUGUGCCUGUAGUUCCAGCUACUUGGAGGCUGAGCGGGGAGGAUCACCUGAGCCCAGGAAGUUGAUGCUGCAGUGAGCUGUGAUCAUGCCACUGCACUCUAACCUGAUGAUGGAAUGAGACCCUAUCUCAAAAACAAAAGACAAAUACCAGAAGUUGUCAGUUGAAUCUAAAAAAAGAUUCUCUAGUAAAGAUGGCAUAGAUGUAUGAUCUUACUAUGAUUUAGAGCUAGACAUUUGAAAAUUUGAAAAUGGAUGUCUAGCUCUGUGUAUAAGGGGGAGAAGGACAUUAUUUCCACUCAUUGAGCCUCUUUUCUAAGCUAGAAAUUAAGUCUCUGUGAAUGUGCAGACUGCAGAGCAGCUAUUAUUUCCCGUUUUCUUGAUGAGUAAUUAACUUGUGACUUACGCAAAAAUCAAAAUAUGCCAUAUGAUGGUGAGUUAAUUUCAUUUUUUUUUUUUUUUUUUUUUUGAGACAAGAUCUCACUCUGUUGCCUAGGCAGGAAUGCAGUGGCAUAAUCAUACCUCACUGCAGCCUUGAACUCCCUGGCUCAAGUGAUCCUCCUGUAUCAGCCUUCCAAGUAGCUGGAACUACAGAUGUGUGCCACCACACCUGGCUGAUUUUUAAAUUUUUUUGUAGAGAUGAGAUCUUGCUGUGUUUCCCAGGCUGAUCUCCUGACCUCAAAUCAUCCUCCCUCCUCAGCCUCCCAAAGUGUUGGGAUUACAGGCGUGAGCCUAGCUCAUUUUAUUUUCUAUUCUUUGAAAAAAGGCAAUGGGUUUCUAUCUCUAGUGUUAAGGGUCCCUAUCAGCUCUGAGAUGCUUUUGGUUUGGUUUUUUUGUUUUAUCUUGUUUUAAUUUUUGGUAGUUCUCAAUGGUUCUAAAGGGUAGUUGAUUCAUUUUAGUUGGAUAAAAUGGGCUGCUGAAAUAAAAUAGGGUACUAAAAGAAGGAAAUAUUGUUACCUACGAAAAUGUUUUGUCUAUUUGCUUUAUUUAUUUUAUUUGUACAGUAUCUAUUUGGGCCUCUAAAACUCAACUCUGAUUCUUUUUUGUAAUAAUUAUUUUAAAGGAGUUUAAAGGCACCAGCUUUUUGGGGGAGUUCAGGGAGUAAAAGGAAUCUUUUUGAAGAUAUAGACAAAAAUAAAACCUUGAAGUAAAUCUUAAUAAAUAUAUAUGUUUGUAUUCAUUUGUUUUAUGGUACCAUUUUGAGGGGAAAAAAAUGUUUCCAGCUUUGUUAUGUAGUCUACUGACUUGUUGGGUAUAACCAUAAACCUGUUUAUAAUAUCCUGAUUAAGGCUUUUUAGAGUUACUGUGUUUCCAGGAGUAAAUAUUUCUCUUCUUUAUCACUUCUCUGUGUGUUUAUGCAUGUGUUUAAAAUAGUACCAUACGGUGUCUGUCACCUGUUUAAAAGUAUCUCACCAGAAUCCCACCUCACAAUAGCACUUAAAUUCUUUUGCUGAGAUUUGAGUCACAAGAUCACACUUAGCUGUAAGAGAGGCAAGAGAAUUGUUUUUAACUGGAUAUGUUGUUGUCUUGAAUAAAAUUGGGAUUUUCUUAAAUGGAACAGUGGGAACAUUGUUUCUGUUUAGGCACAUAACUAUAUUGAUUCUGUGUAGCAAAUAUACUCUGUAUAGGCAAGUACACUAAAUAACUCUGUAAGUGAACAUCACAAAGGAGCUCAGUGAAUGUUCUUGCCACUGAAAGACACUCAAUUUGUUGAUAGGGGAAUCCUCAGUCAAUGCCUCGGCUUAUUAUUAGAACUUGGCCAUAUUUUUUAUGUGUUUGGCAGUGUUUGCAACAAAAAUUUCUAAUUUUAUAACUAGAUGGGAUGAAAACCAAAUAAAAUGAAUAUUUUCUGGAGUGUUUGCUGCAUUUAUUAAUGUUUAAAAUUUUUAAUUUCAAUUUUUAUGGGUACAUAGCAGCUGUAUAUAUUUAUGGGGUACGUGAGAUGUUUUGAUACAGGCAUGCAAUGCAAAACAAUCACUCAUGUAAAAUGAGUUAUCCAUCCCCUCAAGUAUUUAUCCUUUGUGUUACAAAUGAUCCAAUCCUACUCUUUUAGUUAUUUUAAAAUGUACAAUUUUUAUUGACCAUAAUCACCAUGUUGUAUUCUCAAAUACUGGAUCUUAUUAAUUAUUUCUGUUUCUUUUGUACCCAUUAACCAUCCCCACCUUCUCUCAACUUUGGCUGUAUUUUGACAGUAUAGAUAUGGCCUUUACCUUCUAUUUCUAAAGUGUCUUCUAGAAUUAAGAAUUGUUCCAUAUCAAGCUCUUUUUCAUGCCUUUAGCUGACAGACUCUCUACUGGUAGUUCAAUUCAAAUGUUCAAUUCAAAUGUUAAUACUAAAUGUUAAAGUGGGAUUGUUUUUAUAACAUGCAUUUGAAAUUAUGUUGGUUUUCAAACUUCUUAUAACAAUAAAUACCAAGUGAUGAAUAUCGUCUCUAAAGACAUUUAAGAAGCAUUUUAAAAAUAAGGCUGGGCGCAGUGGCUCAUGCCUGUAAUCACAGCACUUUGGGAGGUGGAGGCAGGUGGAUCACUUGAGCCCAGGAGUUCGAGACCAACCUAAGCAACAUGGCAAAACCCUGUCUCUACAAAAAAUACAAAAAUUAGUCAGGCAAGGUUGUGUGUGCCUGUAGUCCCAGCUACUCAGGAGGCUGAGGUGGGGGAUUACCUGAGCCUGGGAUCACACCACUGCACUCCAGCCUGGGUGACAGAGUGAGACCCUGUCCCCCCACCCUUGAAAAAAAGUAUUUUUAGUUUCUAAGUUUGUAGAUGUAGAUUUCUGUAGUUAUAUAACAUUCUUGUGCAGAAUCUAGAGAUUCUUAUAAAUAAGUAUGAAGAAGCUGUUUGUCAUCUGGCAUCAUCCCAUCAGUUAGUUACAAAAAUGUCUCAGUAACUUAGUCAAGAAUUUGUGUCUGUAUUCUUUUAAGCAGAAAUGUUCUAGGAAUUUGAAAUGGUAAAGUUUAUCUUUCAGCUGAAUAAAAUUAUUUUCAUAAAAA